AUGAAUUGCCAACUCAACGUAAAAAAUUCCGGACGUAAAAUAGUCUCCCAUUCGGAUGUCCGGGUGGAGACUACUUUGAGAGAUGCAAAGUGGAGGUACAAAAGAAUUGGUACCUGGAAUGUAAGAUCCCUUGGAAGAUGUGGAAAAUUUGAAAAUCUUAAGCUGGAAAUGAAAAGAUUGAAUAUUGACAUACUUGGAGUAAGUGAAAUAAGAUGGCCCGAAUGUGGUGAUUUUUGGAGCGAUGAAUAUAGAUUUGUUCACACAGGUUCAAGCGAUAGAUACACAGGAGUAGGCUUCCUGAUGAAUAAACAAUGUGGUAAAAACCUUAUGAGCUAUUAUCAAUGUACUGACAGAAUCAUCAUGGUAAAAAUUAACUCCUGUCCAACAAUAACAACGAUUAUCCAAGUAUAUAUGCCAACAACAACGCACGAUGACGAUGAAGUCGAAGAAGUGUAUGACAAAAUAGAUGAAGUUCUAAAGAUGACAAAAGCUGGAGAAAACGUCAUUAUCCUAGGAGAUUGGAAUGCAUCAGUAGGAGAACAGAAUGACGGAUAUAUAGUAGGAAAUUAUGGAUUAGGGAAAAGAAAUGAUAGAGGCGAGAGACUCAUACAAUUUUGUACACAACACGAGCUUGUGCUAGCAAACACCCUGUUCAAGAACCAUAAACGAAGAAGGUACACAUGGAAAGCUCCUGGAGAUAUAGCGAGGUACCAAAUUGAUUACAUUAUGACAAAACAAAGAUUUAGAAACCAAAUCAAACAAUGUAAAGCAUAUCCCGGAGCAGAUAUAAAUAGUGACCAUAAUCUCUUAAUCAUGGAAUCAGAACUAAAAUACAAAAACAUUAAAAAGAAAAAUAAUAUUAAGAGAUGGAACCUACAGAAAUUAAAAAACGAUGAAAUAAAAAUGACAUAUAAUAAGAAAUGUAGUGACACUCUAAUGACAGUCACACCAGAUAAUAACACAGUAGAAGAAAAAUGGAAGAAUAUUAAACAAAUACUAAAAAAUAAGGCUGAGGAAGUUUUGGGAUCACGGGAGAAAGAAGCAAGGAAACCCUGGAUUACGGAAGAAAUUAUAGAACUAAUAAACGAAAGAAGAAAAUACAAAAACCAAAACAACAUAGACAGUCAACAGAACUACAAACACAUCAGAAAUAUAAUACAAAGAAAAGCAAAGGAAGCCAAAGAAAAAUGGUUAGAUAACCAAUGUACUGAAGUGGAAGAGUACCUAAAAAGGGGAAGAAGUGAUCUAGCUUUCGAAAUUGUGAAAAAACUUUUCUGCACAAGAAGAAUGAAUAGAAAUGCACUGAAAAGUAAAACGGGUGAGAUACUUAUAACAGCCGAACAAAAGGUAAACAGAUGGAAAGAAUAUCUAGAAGAAUUGUAUGCAAACCAAUUUAGUGGAAAUGUCCUAGAAGAAGAGAACUGUGCAGAAGAUGAAGACAAAGGAGACUAUAUCCUCCAAUCAGAAAUUGAUUUUGCUAUUGAAAAUCUUAAAAACAACAAAGCAUGCGGUAUAGAUAAAAUCCCAGCAGAACUAAUAAAGUGUGCCGGUGAAGAAAUAAAUAAAGAACUUGGAAAUAUAUGCAACGAAAUGUACUUAAACGGGGAAAUAAUUGAUGAUUUCAGGAAAGGCAUUAUAGUAACAAUUCCCAAGAAAAAGGGGACAAUGAAUUGUGAGGAAUAUAGGACUUUAAACCUCAACACGUAUGCUUCAAAAAUAAUAACAAGGAUAAUAAAGAAUAGAAUAGAAAAAGCAAUAGAUGCAAACCUAGGAGAAGAUCAAUUUGGUUUUAGGCGAAAUAUAGGAACCAGAGAGGCGACCUUAGCGCUAAGGAUAAUGAUAGAAAAACAGAUUAGACGAAACAAAGAAACCUUCAUUGCUUUUGUAGACCUGGAGAAGGCUUUUGAUAAUGUACAAUGGAAGGAAUUAUUUAAAAUAUUAAAAAGAAUCGGAAUUAAAUAUAACGAUAGAAGAUUUAUCUAUAAUAUGUACAAAAGCCAAACAGUCAUAAUACAGAUAGAUGGGAAAGAGCAAGAAGCAAAAAUAAAAAAAGGUGUAAGACAGGGCUGUAUUUUGUCACCAAUGCUAUUCAACUUGUACAUUGAAGAGGCAAUGAAAGAAUUGAGAGAAGAAAUACAGAAAGGAGUGCGAAUAGGAGGAACAAUGGUGACUGCCUUAAGAUUUGCGGAUGACAUAGCUUUUUGUGCUGAAAGAGAAGACGACCUGCAAAAUACCCUAGUAACAAUAGAUAGAAUACUAAAAAAUAAGUAUGGAAUGAAGCUGAACAAAAAGAAAACAAAAAUUAUGGUUUGCAGUAAAACUAAUCCGGUUCGACUCAACAUAAAUAUCGGAAAUGAACAAAUAAAGCAAGUGCAACAAUUCACAUAUCUAGGAAGCAAUAUAACAGAGGAUGGUCGCAGCAAAACAAAUAUAAUCUGUAGGAUAGCACAGGCGAAAAGAGCAUUUCAAGACAAAAGCCACAUAUUAACUACCAAUAGUGUUAGCCUGGAAAUAAGGAAGAAAUUCCUAAAAAGUUAUAUUUGGAGCGUAGCGCUCUUUGGAUCCGAAACCUGGACAAUAAACUCAACGGAAAAAAAUAGGCUAGAAGCCUUUGAGAUGUGGUGCUACAGGAAAAUGCUCAAAAUACCAUGGACUGAGAAGGUAACGAAUAAAGAAGUACUAGACAAAAUAAAGGAACAACGACAAAUAUGGAAAAGUAUUCAAUCAAGAAGAGGCAAGAUGAUAAGACACAUUUUAAGGCAUGAGAGUUUAUUAAAGAAAAUAAUUGAAGGAGAUGUUGAAGGACACAUUGCAAGAGGAAGACCAAGAACAGAAUACAUGACACAGAUAAUGCAGGAUACGAAUAAGGGAAGUUACAAAGACCUGAAGGAAUUGUGCUACGAUAGAGAAGCAUGGAGAGCUGCAACAAACAAAUCUACGGAUUUAUAA